AUGCAGGGCAGCAAUAAUCCAUCCCUUCCCCGUAUCGUGAUAGACCCCUCGUCGCCUCAAUCUCCCACUAUCUCCUGUGGAUUCUCACCAUCAACACCCACAAACUCGACCUCGAGCCGAUCGACGCCAAAGCCAUCGCAGGCACCAUCACAAGCCGAAUCAAGACCAGAAAGACGCCCCAGCAAGGCUCAUCCAUCCUUCCAGCCCAUCCUCCGCCAUCUACGCACCCCGCUCUGCCCCCUCGUCUCCAGCACCACGGGGCUGCAGCAUCCCGAAUUUCCAAAGACCCUCCUCGCCUACCACCUACUCACCAAUCGGCAGUUGGACGAUCUAGCCCGUCACUUCCACCAGGUAUGGCCCCCGGUGGAAGGCACAAGGGCAUACCCCGUGUCGAUCCCCGCGUGGAUCGGCACACAGGGCGAGAAAAGCGUCGACCUACAGACGAAGCGGCGUCGGUUUGGUCGCUUUAUUGGGUUGAGAGGGUGUCAGUCGCCUACUGUUAGGGAGCAUGGAGAGGACGAAACAGACGAGCUUUUGGCAAGGAUGGAGUGGGAGUGGGAGCAGGGUCUUUUACAGGCGCAGCGGGAUGAUCCUGAUGCUAUUUUGAGGUGGAAGGCAUGGGGACGUUGA